AGAAAAACCACGCUGAGACCGGGGGAAGGAAACGUACGCUGACAAAACCUAAACCUGCACCCACCCGAGGGACCCCUUUAGGCACCCACAAUCUCACCCCAACACAGCAGACGGUGGGACCAUGAAGACUGUGGUGGCUCUGCUGCUGCUCUGUCUGUGUGAGCCUGGACAGAGUGACUGCCAGGCAGACUGCCUGUCCUGCAGCAACAUCCUGCCCAAACAGCUCAGUUUCAACACCAUAGUGUGUCUCACUGAGUGCGAAGACAACGUCUCCCCAUCCUUCUACCGGGACUUCUGUCGUAAGGUGCUGUCGUCGCCAGCUUCCUCCCUUAGCGGUACUGUGCGUAAAAGAUCUCAGGAGGAAGUGGAGGCCCUGUUUCCUGUGGAUGAGGAGCAGGUGGAGGGAGGUCUGUUGCUGCCCAUUGCAUUGCAGAGGUUCGAUCACGUGGCCCGGGCACUCGGGGUGGGCGAGAGGGAUCUGAGUGGCAAGGGCAGCCAGCUGAACACUGCCUACAAUUCCCAGGACGACCUAUCUCUUGAGGAUGAGUAUGAGGAAGAGGCAGGGCAGGAAGAAGGGGCUGCUGACGCGGCAGCAAGAGGACAGGGUGAUGUGGGGCUAAGUGUCUCCAAGAGGUUUGGCGGCUUCGUCAAAGGGAGGCACGGCUACAGGAAGCUGAUGUCUCCAGGAAGAUCUUACCAGAAGAGGUAUGGUGGCUUCAUCGGCAUUCGGAAGUCAGCACGUAAGUGGAACAACCAAAAACGUUUCAGCGAGUUCCUGAAGCAGUACCUGGGGAUGAGUACUCGGGCCACUGAGUUCAACAGCGUGUCAGAGGACCUCACCCAACAGAACGAAGUUUAGCAGAGUGCACCUUUGUGCCACUGACAUCAAACUAUUUCCUGAUGUAUUUUCACUGGUCUUGUUUUGUAUCACCAACAUGUCAAACCUUAACUGGUGUCACCAAAGUUCUUCUACUGAAUAGAAGUGAAGAUUCAAUAAGUCAAUAUAGAUUCAAAAGUAAAACUAAGCCCGUAAACUCAGACUCCCAUUAGAGUCCUCUUAGUCUCAAGACAUAAGAAUUGUUUAUUUUGUUUUCUGUCCCUUCAGUUAUGAUGCAAACAUUUUACCUAUAAUUAUCAGACCUUCUUGUAUCCAUACUCGACCAGUUUAACCCUUCAGUGGAGUUGGUAGAAGUUUUGGGCCCUUUAGAAACUGCUUUCUCUGAGCUGUGAGACUCCAUAAUUCCCUGGCAUCUUCCAGGCCCCAUGUCUAGCUCUGGGCACUCUGAGUCAUUAAGACCUCCUAUUCGGUGUCCCUUGUGGGUACCAGUUAAACAGUCAUGUUUCAUUUGAUUAGCUCCCCAAGCCCUUAUCCUUAGGAGCUUUGAAUAAAGCUCUCACUUUGGGGAUUCCCGGUAGUCCUGCAGUGAUUUGCAGUAAAAUAUAGCAUUUCUUUUACUGUUGACAUCUUCUAGAUACAAGUUGGCAUAAUGAUUCAUUUUCUGAUCCCCAGUAUGAACACUCUCUUUAUUAUAGUACCAUCUUGUGGCAAAAUCCAUAACUCAGUCUCUUUUAAAGGACAAAACCAGUGUUUUUCAUGUUUUGGCAUUAUGGUUAGGGUAAUGUCAGCAGUAAUGUAAAGUAUACUGUAUGUGAUUUGUGGUAAAUAAAUGAAACAUGCAAAAACACAGCUAAAAGUCAAUGAUUUAUCACUGUGCCAAAACACACCUGAGACAGGGCUACUAUGGCAGGUUUAAUGAAAACAGCUCUCUUUCAAUAUGGUGCAAUGGCGAAGAGAAAGACACAGCACUCAACAUUAAUAUGCUACUGAUCUGUCUGUCAAACGGAUGUGAUGUACAAGUGAGCAUCGCCUUUGACUGGCUCUAGUGUUAAUUUAUGUAAAAAAACAAUAUUUGCUUUUUUUUGUUUAAACUGUAAUGGUGUGAAGUGUUUUUGUUGCCAACUUUGAGAACUUGUAAAUAGCUGAAUUUAAACAUGUCAAUAAAUAUG